AAACCCUCUUCACCUCUUUCUGCUUCGCUCCUUCCAUUUCUAUCUGAAAGCCUACGGUUCGGUUACACAAUCCAAAUCCGAUUAACCGGUGCAGUGACUGGUUCUUCGGAUUGCUUCCGUCACCUUCGAUUAUAACACGAUGUCGUAUCGACCUACCGGAGACUCGAGGACCGAGGUCCGUCGGAAUCGAUACAAGGUGGCCGUGGAUGCUGAAGAAGGUCGCAGAAGGCGAGAGGAUACCAUGGUCGAGAUCCGCAAGAACCGUAGGGAAGAGAGUUUGCAGAAGAAGAGGCGCGAGGGCUUCCAAUCUCAGCAGAUGUCUGCAUCAGUUCAAUCUACUCCAGUAGAGAAGAAGUUGGAACAGAUACCAUCCAUGGUUACAGGUGUUUGGAGUGGUGAAAAUAACCUACAGUUUGAGGCAACAACUCAGUUCCGGAAGUUGCUUUCAAUUGAACGUAGCCCACCAAUAGAGGAGGUUAUUCAAUCUGGGGUAGUUCCACGCUUUGUUGAGUUCUUGAUGAGGGAGGAUUUUCCACAGCUGCAGUUUGAGGCAGCUUGGGCUUUGACUAAUAUAGCUUCUGGAACAUCUGAAAACACUAAGGUAGUAAUUGAUCAAGGUGCUGUUCCAAUUUUUGUUAAGCUUCUUGGUUCUCCCAGUGAUGAUGUUCGUGAACAGGCUGUGUGGGCAUUAGGCAAUAUUGCUGGAGAUUCUCCCAGAUGCCGUGAUCUUGUUCUCAGUCAUGGAGCUUUGCUUCCUCUAUUGGCACAAUUGAAUGAGCAUGCCAAGCUGUCUAUGCUCAGAAAUGCUACAUGGACCCUUUCAAACUUCUGCAGGGGGAAGCCACAGCCUACUUUUGAUCAGGUUAAACCUGCACUUCCUGCUCUUGCCAGUCUUAUCCAUUCAAAUGAUGAAGAAGUCUUGACCGAUGCCUGUUGGGCACUUUCAUAUCUUUCUGAUGGUACAGAUGACAAAAUUCAAGGGGUAAUUGAUGUUGGUGUUUGUAGCCGACUUGUUGAGCUUCUACUGCACCCAUCCCCUUCAGUGCUUAUUCCUGCUCUUCGUACAGUUGGAAAUAUUGUCACUGGAGAUGAUGUGCAGACACAGGUUAUCAUCAACCAUCAAGCUCUUCCAUGUCUUCUGCAUCUCUUGGUUAAUAAUUAUAAAAAAAGCAUCAAGAAGGAAGCAUGUUGGACCAUAUCAAACAUCACAGCUGGGAAUAAGCUGCAGAUUCAGGCAGUAGUUGAGGCUAAUAUAAUUGGUCCUUUAGUCCGUUUGCUUCAAGAUGCUGAGUUUGAUAUCAAGAAAGAAGCUGCUUGGGCUAUGUCAAAUGCUACAUCGGGUGGAACUCAUGAACAAAUCAAGUACCUUGUAAAUCAAGGGUGUAUUAAGCCCUUGUGUGAUCUUCUCAUAUGUCCCGAUCCUAGGAUUGUGACAGUUUGUUUGGAAGGGCUUGAAAACAUAUUGAAAGUAGGAGAAGCUGAUAAAGUUGUUGGCAAUACUGAUGGUUUCAAUCUAUAUGCCCAAAUGAUUGAUGAUGCUGAGGGGUUGGAGAAAAUUGAGAACCUCCAGAGUCAUGACAAUAAUGAGAUUUAUGAAAAGGCAGUGAAGAUUCUCGAGACAUACUGGUUGGAGGAAGAAGACGAGACUAUGCCUCCAGGGGAAGGUUCUCAAUCAGGGUUUAAUUUUGGUGGCACUGAUGUGCCCUCAUUGCCUUCUGGUGGAUUCAACUUUAAUUAGAAGGAGUUUUGGCUGGUCUAUCAGGGAAGUCCUCCAGUAUGACAGUCCAACAGCUGGGGGUCAAGUCAGUGUCUUUUCAUUGUCCGUGGUCCUACGAGGUGUAACCUUGGAUAAUUGAGGGUUGCUGGACCGGCUUGGGUUUUUGAAAUGGCUGGUUUUACAUACAUCAUGGGGACAGAUGGGUUGUGGCUUGAUUUUGUUGCCACUGUAGAGUUAAAAUACUAGUUUUGGCUCUUAUAGAAUUGAUGUUGAGUUUUGUAAUUUUUCCUUGCAUUGAUUGGGGUCAGUAAGUACUAAUGAUUCUGCUUGUUUUGGCAAAUACCAAAUGCUAUCUUUUUCUUCAUUAUAGUUAUUGUUACAAGGAAAGUUGGAGUUUUUCUUUUA